GAAAAAAAGGGACUGUUGUAGCAACAGAUCUCUAAGCGCCGCUUGACUCCUUGCGAGAAAAGCAGUCGAAAUUCAUGGCUGGUUCCUCAGGUGCUCUGAUUUGGCUGCAGAAGGUGCGACUCAGCAUUGAGGAGUCACAGGUAGGACAGGUGGACUAGACUCUCUGCAUCUGGGAUCUGAGCAACCCCACAGACUGAAAUGCUGGUUUCCUGACUCUGCAACAGGGUUGUUUUCAGUGGCUGCCAACUAUCAUCAUCAUCACCAAUAAUAAAUAAUGAUAAUAGAUGUGGCUUUGUCUGAAAUGUAGCCACCAAAGCCAUUCUGUAAAGGUAAGUUCCCCUCUUGCAUGUCAAUACACAGGAGCAGGGCCAAUGGAAGAAGAAGCUGGCAAGCCAGGUUGCUCCUGCAUCUGCUUGCUUCCCAAACACUCUCAUGCCAACCAGGCAGAAGUCCAACUGGCAGAGAUGGAGAUCUGCAAAUACUGCUUGACUCUUUCCCCCUUUAUCAGGAAUGGGAAGAUUUCAUUCUGACGCUGUCCGACGCUGUCCAGCAGCAGAUGGCUGAGAGCCACAUCAAUGCCUUGCAGGACCUCUCAGAGGCAGCGAAAGGUUUUGUCCUGGAGAAAGCAGUCAGCGCCAUCCAAGGAGGUGAUGCUUAUAAGGCCCUGAUGUCACAGGUCAGCGGCUGCCUAGAGGAACAGAUUUAUUGCCAGAUCGCCCGGGAGAUUCAGGAUGGAGACAGGCGGGUGAAAAAUAAGCCAGCCUUGCUACUGAAUCACCUCAAGGAUGGGGUGAUGACCUUGCUGGAGGAACGGCCGGAGCUGCGAGGGAGGCUUUGUUCUCUUUUUAACCAGCCCUUACCUGCCGAUUUGCGUCAUCUCACCUGGAAGCUUUACCUCUCUAACACGAAGGCAAGGUUGGGGUAUCUCUCCCAUUUGGCAGCAAACAGAGCCACUUCCCGGAAGGACAGAGAGAUCUCUCUGAGGUGCCGAGCCCUGCUGGAUUCUGAGCCGACGUUCCAGUCCUUAAGAAACCACAAGGUUGCCACACAGUGCCUGAGGAAUGUGCUUUCUUAUUACCACAAGCUUCAGGGCACCUCCGCACCUCUGCGAGACCAAGAUUAUUUCCUACCCGUUCCUCUCCUGCAAGUUAUUCUGGAUUUGGGUUCUUCCACCAACUCUGUGGAGUCUGUUUCUGCCCUCCUAGUUGAAGAAUUUAUGUCUCUCAAGAAGCUUCAUCCUCAACUUAUUAGACUCUCCGCCUCCGUCCAGGAUCCUUCCCGGGUCAGCAUAGUGGAAGAAGUUGCCUCCCUGCUGGAGCAGAGAGACAGAGAUCUGGCAAGGUUCCUGGAGAGCGUUUAUGCACAACCAGAGGAAGGCUCCAGAGACGCCUUACUCAAGGGGCUGAGCCACAUGAUCCAGCCGGCUAUCAACACUCUGCUUGCUGGCUACUUAAACAUGGACACUCUGUUGUACAUCUGGGACCAGAUUAUCCUGGGACUGGAGCGGCCGUCAUACAACUGUCUCCCUGUGUUCACCACAAUUUUUGUCCUCCUGCUCCGUGGCCAGCUACUCAAGUGUCAAUCCCCAGUGGAAUUGGAAGCAACACUGAAAACCUGGGGACCGUCUCUGCUUGUGCAUGAGUUCCAAGACAUGAUGGGGAAACACUUCUUUGAAGAUUUGUACAGCCAGUUGCUUGGAGGAAACAAGGAACCCACCCCGAUCCAUGACCCUACCCAAACUUUCCCUUCGUGGCGCUACAGAGAUUUCCAAGUGGUACCACCUCCAAGGACAAGGCCAGAAGACAGGAGGCAAGCAAGAGAGGAGCGCCAGUUUCUGGAAGAGCAACGCCUUGAGAGGGCGCAACAGGAACAGAGACUUCAAAGGUUCAGAGCGGAAGAGCAGAAGAGGCAACAAGAGAUGAGAUUCUUGCAGCUUUUAGAAGAGAAUAAGAGAAAAUUUGAAAUGCAGAAGGUCCAUUUGGAAGAUCAGCUGUCCCAGGAGAGACAGGUCCGCUACGAUAUGCAAAUGAAGGCAGAGGAGCAGAUAAGCAGGCUGCAGGCUGAAAUGCACAUACUUGCUGUGGACAGGAAGAUGCCUUCACCUGACACCUAUUCUGCUGGAAGUCUCCUCGCCCCUGCACCUUCCCUGCAGUCCCAGACGCCAUCUCAGACUUCCCUGCCUCAUUUUUGCUUGUCAGACACAGCCGCUGCACAUCAGAAACACAAAACUGCCGAUGGAGACGCCAUUGCCCUCAAACUGCUGAAGCAGAUGAUGGAGGCAGCCAGCUCAAUUGUUAACGGUUCGAGCACCGAGGAAAGGGAACGCUUGGAUGCAGCCACAAGAGAGCAUAUCCGGGACUACAAUGAAGAUGACAAGAAUGCAAAGAUUGAGAUGUUUGGUUAUGAAAUUAGUGAAGAUGAAAUAAACAACAUCCCAGAAGCCAGAAGGAAAGACGUGAAAAAGAAACUAGAGCAGGCACUCCGACGAGGGGCAGAAGCUCGUUACAUGGCAGCCAGAGGAAGACGUUUACCAGCAUUUAUUACCCACAUGGAUGUGUUGUGAUUGGUGUGCCCUUGUUACAUAAGCAAAGCCUUUGGAAUCCAUAAAUCUGGUUAAUAAUCUGCUACAGAGCAUUACUUUUAUCAAGCGCAUUGUGCUACAGGUACACCUCCCACUGAGCAAGUAUUGGCCUCUUUGACUACUGAAGGAAAUGUCCUCAAAGUCACCUAGGGCAGCAAUGGAGAACCUAAUUAGGCCAAGCCAUGUGCGUAUGGCGUAUGACAGGGGUUCCCAAACUAAGGCCCAGGGGGCGAAUGCGGCCCAAUCGCCUUCUAAAUCCGGCCCACGGAUGGUCCAGGAAUCAGCAUGUUUUUACAUGAGUAGAAUGUGUCCUUUUAUUUAAAAUGCAUCUCUGGGUUAUUUGUGGGGCCUGCCUGGUG